AUGGCGCAGGAAAUAGCUCAUACUGACGGUUCAAAUGGUGGGGCUAACCCAAACGCUGCUCAGUAUCGCAUGGAUAAAUGGGCGAUGAUCAAAACUUUCCUAUUCCGCCUUAUUUUUACCUACUUUAUUUUCAAUCUUUUUCGUCGCAAUCCUACUCCAACACCGCCUGGGAAAUCAGCCGCCCCAGCGCAAUCUUCGAAUAUUCUUAUGAAAGACGAGGCCUUAGACAUGUUUGUCUACCUCACUGAAACACCACAGAUGACCAACUAUAGUGAUCCAUCGUUGCUAUUUUGGCACCUUGAAGGUCUACGAUAUGGAAAUUGGGAAGAUGGAGAGGCGCGUGAUGGAAGUUAUACAAAGACGGCGAUCUUGAAGGCUAGUGAAAAUCUGAAAAACAAUGGUUCAAUGUACAUUCAUGUUUACUUUGUUUUGCCUGGAUUCUCUCCGGAUCCGGACUCUGAAGAAAAAUACUCCAAGCAAUAUACAUUUUCGGCUUCCAAA